AUGUCUGGCCCCGGCGAUUGCGCGUCCCUGGCAUCCCUCCCCUGGGGUCUUCCCAGCAUCCGGAGCCGAUGUCUGGCCCCGGCGACUGUCCAGAAAAGGAAAGAGCGCGGGAGCCUCACCCGGCGCCGCGCCCCGAACCGCACAAUCGACUCGGGUCCUCCCGAGGGCAGCGCGGAUCUGGGGCCCCGGGCGCCCCGGGCACUGGGCUGGGCGGCCCCCGCCUCGCACUGCCGGGCAGUGAGGACUCAGGCAGGCACCGGCUAG